GGUAGUGUCCCUCCGAGGCUUAACGUUAACUCACACUAUUUGGUCUGCGUAAGAUUGGAGGGGGAGGGGGUAAGUUAGCUAGCAAAAGAGAAAUAACAUAACACAGUGGACAGCUAACGUUACACGUUUUCGAUUCAUGAACGGUUUAGCUUCGGUACAAUUCAGAGGUAUGGUCGCAGAUGCAAUUGUUUAUUUAAACUUAAAGAGAAAUGAAAAAGAGAAAAGUAUUUAUUCCCCCUUUUUAAAUCCUAAAAGAAAAACUUCAGAGGACAAAUAGCUACUGUAGUUGAUCAUUUUGACGCAACCUUUGGAAAUAGUUAAAACGAAAGGAGAAUUUGUCCGUUGAGUUACGUGAUUGCUUCAAAGCUUCAACUUAAUUAGCAAAUGUAGCCUAUUACACUGGUGCGAUGUCUGCAAAGGAACGGGCGUUUCAGGCGAAAGCAUUUGGCUAAGCUACUGUGGCUACAAUGCUACGGAUUUGCGUUGCACCCACAAUGCAGCACUCCCUCGUCAGCCAUAUUGGUACGUCGAGCUCAGGGGACUAGUGUGAACUACAAGCAUGGCCCUGAACCGCCUUUUCCAGCUCUCCUCCCUGCUGCGGUCAGCAAUCACGCUGACCCUCCGCAGGAACAUCGGCUUCUCCGCCGUGGCUUUCAACCGGGCCAAGGACCUGGACCCCAUCCAGAAACUGUUCCUGGACAAGAUUCGAGCCUACGACAGCAAGAGCAAAGCUGCCGGGGGCAUAGUGGACGCUGGACCUGACUAUCAGAAGAACCUGUCUGAGGAGAUGACAAAACUGCAGAGGCUCUACGGUGGGGGUGACCUCAAAAAAUUCCCAAGUUUCAAAUUCCCAGAACCCAAGUUGGAUGAAGUGGCACCCAAAUGAGGAAUCCACAUCCUAAUGUCUCUGUUCUAUUUGUCAACACUAAUUAUUAUUUGUAUUAUUUAGUAAAUUAAACUCUAUGGAACACUGUC